AUGCGGACUGCGGGCGGCAAGGAGGAGUUCGAGAGCAAGUACUUCGAGUUCCACGGCGUGCGGCUGCCGCCCUUCUGCCGCGGGAAGAUGGAGGAGAUCGCCAACUUCCCGGUGCGGCCCAGCGAUGUGUGGAUCGUCACCUACCCCAAGUCCGGCACAAGCCUGCUGCAGGAGGUGGUCUACUUGGUGAGCCAGGGGGCCGACCCUGAUGAGAUCGGCCUGAUGAACAUUGACGAGCAGCUCCCGGUCUUGGAGUACCCGCAGCCGGGCCUGGACAUCAUCAAGGAGCUGACGUCUCCCCGCCUCAUCAAAAGCCACCUCCCCUACCGCUUCCUGCCCUCCGAUCUCCACAAUGGUGAUUCUAAGGUCAUAUACAUGGCGCGGAACCCCAAGGACCUGGUGGUGUCUUAUUACCAGUUCCACCGCUCCCUGCGGACCAUGAGCUACCGAGGCACUUUCCAGGAGUUCUGCCGGAGGUUCAUGAACGACAAGCUAGGCUACGGCUCCUGGUUCGAGCACGUACAGGAAUUCUGGGAGCACCGCAUGGACUCGAAUGUGCUCUUCCUCAAGUAUGAAGACAUGCACCGGGACCUGGUGGCCAUGGUGGAGCAGCUGGCCAGAUUCCUGGGGGUGUCCUGUGACAAGGCGCAGCUGGAGGCCCUGAGCGAGCACUGCCACCAGCUGGUGGACCAGUGCUGCAACGCUGAGGCCCUGCCCGUGGGCCGGGGAAGAGUCGGGCUGUGGAAGGACAUCUUCACCGUCUCCAUGAACGAGAAGUUUGAUUUGGUGUAUAAACAGAAGAUGGGAAAGUGUGACCUCACGUUUGACUUUUAUUUAUAAUAACAGCAACAGCAAACUUGCAUGCUCACAGUACCCAGACACUCUACUAGCUAAA